CUCAAUACUCCAUAAAUGGAGCUCAAAAUGUACUAUGUAAUGGUGAGGAGAGACUAAUGAGAAUGAGAAGGCUUGGACAUUAGCCUAAAAAGUCCCGUGGUUUUCUCCCUUUCGAGUUUCCACGUAAAAACUGAGUGUUCAUACAUAUAUUUACUAUAUCGUGUUGGAUUAAACUCAACACUGGCGCCGUCUGUGGGAAACUGUCCAAAAAGAUUCGUGUGUUCUACUGUUCUUGAGUUUCUACAAAAAAAAAAUCAUACGAAAUAUACUGAUUCCGGAAAAAAAAAAAAUGAUUCUGGAGCAAACAUGAAGAAAAACGAAGGAAAUAUGCUUCUGGGAAGUAAGGGAGCUACGAAAUCUGGAGGAUGACAUUUGGAUUUUUCCAGAUCCGGAUUGGGGGUCGCCGGAGCCGUCGCCACCUUUCCCACCGCGGUGGACCCUCCGGCGAGUUCAUCCACACCAGACAAAGACCUGCUGCAGCAUCCCUGGACCUGGUCUCGUCAUCUCGGUCCCAGGAGAGCUCCGCCGUAGCAGCACUGUUCAUCGGACGUAGCUGGGUCCUCCGACGGGAACGCAGCACCGUCUUGCACCGCCAGCUGCAUGCCGCUGCUCAGCCCCCAACCUCUGGUAAUGCGACGGGGUUUUUUAAGCUGAGGCUUCCCCGGGCUCUGCCAUGGAUGGCUGCUUGGAGCUCAGGAAGGGUAUGCUUCGGAGUUCGGCCGAUCUCCACCGUGGGCUAGCUUUUCCAGCCUCCCUCGCCCUGCUGUAGCUUUCGUCGCCACCAGCCAGCAACUGACCUGCACUGAUUGACCUUGGUGGGAUGUUUCGUCUGCCUCUCCACCAGAUGCUCUUUAC